CUAGUCUCUCGGAAUCCCUAAUUGUGGUUUUGAGAUUUUUAAUUGAAUCUAAUCCUCUUAUCAGAAUUUAGGGCUCCAAGGAUGCCUAACGUCCCGUUGAAGCAAGAAGCCACCAGUGACCCCUUGAGUCUUACGGGACUCGAUGACGCUUUACCACCAUACCCAGAUCAGCUGGAAGGGCAAAGAUUCUACAGCAAUUACCGUUUCUUGACCACUGCAAACUCUUACAAGGCUCCCGAACCUCAACAAACUUCCUCUCCCUCUUGGCCACCUCGCGAUGCAACUGAAUACUUGUUCUCUCCUCAAGAUUACUUGGCCAUUAAACAGUCUUCUUACCAGCCGCCCGAACCUCAACCUUACAAGCCAACUUCUCCCAGCCGUUAUGACUAUUAUGGACCACCUGACGCAGAUGUUACUGACUAUUAUGCACCACCUGACCUACCACCUUACGAUGAUGAUGUUGUUGUCUAUGAACCCCCUCUCCCCUCCAACCUUGUACCUAUGGAUUGUGGAUACGAAGGGACUUUUGGUAAAGUUGGACUUCAUUGCUACAAUCUGCUAAAUGGGACAAACUUUAAAUUUGUCAGGCUAGACGAGAACCAUCUUACCGGAUUAUUUUAUAAGCUUAUAAAAUUCUAUGCAACCGAUCCAACUCGCAAGUGCGAGUUCUUAACUAGGGUGGUUCAGUCUAAGACUGAGAAUCAAGGCUGCUUGAGUUUCAUUACAGUGGAAUGCACAUUAUUGCCAGAGGAGAAUCACUACCCUACUCGCUUUGACCAACUUGCCGUGGAUGAUUUCUUCAAAGGUGAUAUGCCCAACUCGAUGCCUGAGAAUACCAGUGAUAACCUGCAAUACUACGAGCUCUCAGAGUCGGAGGUGGAAGAAUACAAGGAUUGGCUUCAUCUGUACGUGGAUCUCGCUUCGCGCACCAAGUGGCGUUGUGUCCAUCCCUCACCAGUGUGGAGAGAGACAUUUGAGCUGAGAAAGAUAAUUGUGCAAACCAGGGCAGAUGUGGAGUCUAAGAAGAAAGCCAAGGCGGAGAAUGCAAUCUUCUACAUGAACUUCAAAUGCAUUUGCAGUCAAGACUGCAAUGCUAUCAUCAGAAGAACAACGGAUGGACUACCACAGCAUAUGUCGCUUGAAGUCAAGUGUUUGAUGUGAAAGCCCACCAUUAUGUAUUUUAAGUAUAUAUCUUAUCGUCCCAUUAUGUAUUAAGAAUCUAAUCCCAUUAUAUAUGUAUUAAGAAUCUAAUCGAUCUAGUAUUCACCUAUAAUUAUUUUGUUGAUUUUCUAUCUAUGUACUUGUAAGAAGAGGUUUCCGUUGUGAGUUUUGACUCUGUCUUUACAUACAUUCAUUUGCAAUUAUAUCUACACGUAUAUUUUCU